GCUAUGGAGACCCGUUGCCAUGAGGGGCCGUGGGUCCCCGUUACCAUGGGCGGCUGCGGGUCCCGUUGCUACGGCGCCCGUUGCUAUGGGCAGCCGAGGGUCCCCGUUGCCAUGGGCGGCCGCAGGUGCCCGUUGCCAUGGCGCCCGUUGCCGUGGGCGGCCGCAGGUGCCCGUUGCCAUGGCGGCGGCGCCGUGAGGGGGCGCGUGGCGCCCAGCGCGCAGGCGCGGGGGCCGCGGGAGGGGCGGGGUUUCACGCGAGGCCACGCCCCACCCCCCCUUCCGGGACGCCGGAAACGUCACUCGCCGGCGCGUGACGCGGCGGAAGGGGCGGGGACCGAGGAGCGGAGCAGGAAGAGGUCCCGUCCUGCAGCGCUAGAGACCCUUCGCCAUGGGCGAGCGCAAAGGCACCAACAAGUACUACCCCCCCGACUUCGACCCCGCCAAGCAUGGCUCCCUCAACAAGUACCACGGCAGCCACCCGCUGCGGGAGCGGGCCCGCAAGCUGGCCCAGGGCAUCCUCAUCAUCAGGUUCGAGAUGCCCUUUAACAUCUGGUGCGACGGCUGCAAGAACCACAUCGGGAUGGGCGUGCGGUACAACGCGGAGAAGAAGAAGGUGGGCACCUACUACACGACGCCCAUCUACAGGUUCCGGAUGAAGUGUCACCUCUGCGUCAACUACAUCGAGAUGCAGACGGACCCGGCCGGCUGCGACUACGUCAUCGUCAGCGGCGCCCGGCGCAAGGAGGAGCGCUGGGACAUGGGGGACAACCAGCAGGUCGUGCCCACCGAGCGGGAGGAGAAGGAGAAGCUGGAGACGGACGCCAUGUUCCGGCUGGAGCACGGGGUGGCCGACCGGGCGGCGCUGCAGCGAGCCGUCCCCACGCUGGCCACGCUGCAGGAAGCCCAGAGCGCCUGGAAGGACGACUUCGCCCUCAACAGCCGCCUCCGACAGCGCUUCAGGGAGGAGAAGAAGACGCUGCGCGAGGAGGAGGAGGAGGCGGCGGCGCUGCAGGCGAAGGCCGGGCUGAGCAUCCCGCUGGUGCCGGAGGCGGCGGAGGAUCGGCGCUUGGCCGCGCUCCUCAAGUACCACAGCCCCGACUCCUACGAGGAGAAGCAGCGGAUGAAGCGGACGGAGAUUUCCAGCCGCUCCUGGUUCCCCCCGGCCCCCCCCGGCCGCCCCGGCGAAACCCUUCGCAAGCUGGGGGGGGCGCGAACGCUGCGGGGCCCCCCCCCGACCCCCGCCGGCCUGGGCAUCGUGCGGCGUCGCUCGGCGGAGGCGGGGGCCGAGGGGCCGGCGGAGCCCGGGGGGGGCCACGGAGCUGGGGGAGACCGGCCCCCGCAGCCCCCGGCGGAUGCAGGGGGGGGACGAGGGGGGGGCGGCCCCCCCUGCCGCCGCCACCUCCCUGGUGGCAGACUAUUCCGACUCCGGCUCCGAGGCGGGGAGCCCCUGAGCGGCGUUUUGGGGGGUGGAUUUCCCCCCCUCCCCCGGGCUGGUCCUGGGGGGGCACCUAAUAACACCCCCCCGGUAAUUUAUACACCCCCCCCCCCGUCAUUAAAAGCCGCCUAG